GAGGUUGAAGAUGAACAUCACCAUUUUUUUCUCCAGAAUUCAAAGGAGACUCUCUCUGUGUCUGUAGACGCCCUUCUUAAAAAUAACCUAGCUUAGUAUGUUCUAGAAAUUUUAUCAUAUAGCUGUUUUCAGAAGAGUUGAUUGUUUUAGAGCAUAAUCGAUUCUGUUUCUCAUCAUUUUCAGACAAAUAUCCUACAGAUUAUUUGUUGGGUGAUGAAUUUGUUAACCCAGAGCUCAAAUUUGUGAGAAUUUAAGGAUCCACAAUUUUGUUUGAGAACUAAUGGAUAAAUUAGAGAAGAGAGGAGUAGGAGGAGGGUGUAAGCUACCAGAAACCACAUCCGAUUUGUUUUUGAAAUGGGGUAAUAAAAAGAGACUCAGAUGUGUGAGGAUGAGAGACCCUGAUGAUGCUGCCGACCCAUCGUACGCCGUUUCCGGCGGCCGUAGGAUUCGCCGGAGAAUUAACUCUCGUUUUGUUGAUUUCCCUUCCGAUAAUAGCAAUAAUAAUAAACAAUCUUCUCUUCAAACACCAUCUACCCGUCUCACAAGGAAUUCCGAGACAGCAGUUCAUCUAAGAUCGGAGAACACCCGGAAAUCGUCACCGGAUAAAGAGGUGUAUACGACAAGAGGAGGUUCUGCUUCGGCGGCAGGUGGGGUAGCUGAGAAACCGACGACAUCUCCGGUAGACGGCGGUGUAGGAGAUCAAAAGGUGAAACAUGUUUGGCCAAAACUGUUCAUAACAUUAUCAAGCAAAGAGAAAGAAGAAGAUUUCAUGGCAAUGAAAGGUUGCAAGCCUCCUCAUAGACCUAAAAAAAGGCCCAAAAUCAUCCAAAGAAGCUUGCUUUUGGUGAGUCCCGGAGGAUGGUUGACCGAUAUGUGUCAAGACAGAUAUGAGGUCGUAGAAAAGAAGAGUACUAAAAAGAGACCAAGAGGAUUAAAGGCCAUGGGAAGCAUGGAGAGUGAUUCAGAAUGAUAAAUGUCACCCAUACCCAUAUACCCUUUUGUAAAUCUUUUUUUUUUUUUUUUUUCAUUUCUCUAAAUGGAAUUUUAUUUUAUUUUUUGGUUUCA